GGAUUCUUCGAAAACGGGUUGUUGAGUUCGAAUAAAGGCCCAGAAGAAAAGCUCUACUUAAAAAACACUCACUAGGGUUUUCCAUUCUUCUUCUUCAUCUCAGUUCCCACUCCCCGCCCCCCAAUCUUUUCCCCGAAGAUAGAGAAGAAACCCUAGUUUCUUCAUUCUCCUGUGAAAAUAUGGGUAUUUCUCGUGAUUCUAUGCACAAGAGACGUGCCACUGGUGGCAAGAAGAAGGCUUGGAGAAAGAAGAGAAAGUAUGAGCUCGGAAGGCAGCCUGCUAUGACAAAGCUGUCAAGCAACAAGACCGUUAGAAGGGUUAGGGUUCGUGGUGGUAAUGUCAAGUGGAGAGCAUUGAGGUUGGAUACUGGAAAUUACUCAUGGGGUAGUGAGGCCGUGACUCGCAAGACCCGUAUCUUGGAUGUCGUCUACAAUGCAUCCAACAAUGAGCUAGUUAGGACACAGACUUUGGUAAAGAGUGCUAUUGUCCAAGUUGAUGCUGCACCAUUCAAGCAAUGGUAUCUCCAGCACUAUGGUGUUGACAUCGGGCGGAAGAAGAAGGCAGCUGCAGCUGCUAAGAAAGAAACUGAGGAGGCUGAGACAACAGAAGAAAUCAAAAAGAGUAAUCAUGUUGCGCGAAAGCUGGAGAAGCGCCAGCAAAGUCGCACUUUGGAUCCUCACAUUGAAGAACAAUUCGGCGGUGGUCGUUUGUUAGCUUGUAUUUCAUCUCGUCCUGGUCAAUGUGGCCGUGCUGAUGGAUAUAUCCUUGAAGGGAAAGAGCUGGAAUUCUACAUGAAGAAAAUCCAAAGGAAGAAGGGCAAGGCAGCUGCUUAAAUAAUUUUUGCUUAGUCAGAUUUGGGUUUUUUUUUCUAUCAACUCCUUACUAUGGUGUUGGACCUAAAUUUCUUAAGAUAGUAUUUUUGUAUCUUUAAUGGCUUACAUACAUAUUUAUGUUUUUCUUUGAAGAAAAACUCUGGUUCUGAUUCUGCAAGACUAAAGUUCUUCCCCGUGUUUGAUGGUCAUUUGAAUUGAAACUGAUUUUGGUUUAGUCAUUAGUCA